AUGGUGGUCGCUGGGCGGAGCGCAAUGACGCCCCGGACCCUGGUGCGCGGCCAGGAGGCGGCCACGUCGCACCGCCGGCCCAGGACCAUCUGUCAGGCGACGGCCGACGCGCGCAACAUGGAGGACACCUUCACGGCGCGGGCGGUCAGCAUGCUCUUCAAGUUCCCACCUCUGUGGGAGGCCGCUCGCAAGAAAGCCCGGCAGACGAUCGUGGAUCGUGCGGAGGCAAUCGGAGUGGACUGGCAUGGACAAAUGCGGCGUUUGAGCGCCGUCGACUGGGAGGCGGAGAUGGCGGCGGUGCGCGACCCGGCCCUCGCGAUGCCGGACUACUACACGAAGCCCUUCCACGGUGCGCGCCCCCCCCGCCCGCUCCGCCGCCCCACAAUUGCAAACAAUUCCGCGCGCGUACCCCCGACUGACGGCAUGCUGCGCUGCAGCGUACCCGUCGGGGAACCUUUCGUGGGACGCGGCGCUCGAGGUCGAGACGGCGGCGCGGUCGGUGCACGCGACGGUGUUCAGCACCGGCGCGGGGGAGCCCGAGCUUGA